UUUGAGCUCCUCAAAAGUCCAUAGCCACCAUUGUGGGUGCAGGUAGCUUCUGGGCUCUGUGAGCACCUGGUGUCCAUGUUCAGGGUGUGAUUCCUUGGACGGUGACACGCUUCCUUGAGAACCAGCCGCCAGACUCUCUUCCUGGUUACUGCCAUGGAGGAAUCACAGUCAGAGCUCAGCAUUGAGCCUCCUCUGAGUCAGGAGACGUUUUCCGACUUCUGGAAAUUACUUCCUGAAAACAACCUUCUGUCCACCUCAUCAUCACCUCCCAUGGAUGAUCUGCUGUUCCCAGAUGAGGUUGCAAACUGGUUAGAAGGCCAGGACGAGACCCUGCAAAUUUUAGCAGCUCCUGUCUCAAAGGCCCCUGCACCAGAGGUCCCAGCACCAGAGGUCCCUGUACCUGAGGUUCCUGCACCAGCGGCCCCUGCACCAGUCACCUCCUGGCCCCUGUCAUCCUCUGUCCCUUCCCAAAAAACCUACCAAGGCAGCUAUGGUUUCCGUCUGGGCUUCCUGCAUUCAGGGACAGCCAAGUCUGUCACAUGCACGUACUCCCCCUCCCUGAACAAGCUUUUCUGCCAACUGGCAAAGACCUGCCCUGUCCAGCUGUGGGUGGACUCAACACCCCCACCUGGCACCCGCGUUCGUGCCAUGGCUAUCUACAAGAAGUCACAACACAUGACAGAAGUCGUGAGGCGCUGCCCCCACCAUGAGCGCUGCUCCGAUAGUGAUGGGUUGGCACCUCCCCAGCAUCUCAUCCGAGUGGAAGGAAAUUUGCGGGCGGAGUAUUUGGAUGACACCCACACUUUUCGACACAGCGUAGUGGUGCCUUAUGAACCACCUGAGGUUGGCUCUGACUGUACCACCAUCCACUACAACUUCAUGUGCAACAGCUCUUGCAUGGGGGGCAUGAAUCGGCGGCCCAUCCUCACCAUCAUCACACUGGAAGACUCCAAUGGUAACCUGUUGGGUCGGAAUAGCUUCGAGGUGCGUGUUUGUGCUUGUCCUGGGAGAGACCGCCGCACAGAGGAAGAAAAUUUCCGCAAAAAAGGGGAGCCUUGCCCUGAGCCACCCCUGGGGGGCACUAAGCGAGCACUGUCCUCUGGCACCAGCUCCUCUCCACAGCCAAAGAAGAAACCACUGGAUGGUGACUAUUUCACCCUUAAGAUCCGUGGGCGUGAGCGCUUUGAGAUGUUCCGUAUGCUGAAUGAGGCCUUGGAAUUCAAGGAUAACCAGAAUGAAAAGGAGCCAGGGGAGAGCAGAGCUCACUCCAGCUACCUGAAGUCCAAGAAGGGCCAGUCUACCUCCCAUCAUAAAAAACUAAUGUUUAAGAGAGAGGGUCCUGACUCAGACUGACAUCCUGUGCUUCCUGGACAUCCUCCCCAUCGCCUACUGUCCCCAGCGACAGCACCCUACUUCCCCUGUCCUCCUUCCCUGGGACUCAGGUGUUUAAACACCUACUUGGCAUAGGUGUGCCUCAGAAAUACCCAGAACCAAGAACUCUGCCAUUUGCCUUGGCCUGGGGUUCCACACAAGAAGUUGACCUACACUGGUGUUUGGGGGAUGGCAGUGGGAGCUAGGAUCCACCAGCUUAGCUUUUAAGGUUUUGACUGUGAGGAGUGUUAAGAGAGAAGAACAAGUUCUUGCAUGUGCUGGGUUGGAAACCCAGUUCUCCAACAGAACUAAGCAGGAUUUCUCCUACCUUGAAUACCCACAUCUAUGAAAUACUGGUAAUCAUACCUACCUCACAGGGUUUGUUGUGAGCGUUAAUGAAAUAACAUACGUUUGGCCUUGAACCACCUGAAGCUAUCACAUACUGGCUGGGACUUGGCCCCCUUGUGGGUACUGGUUCCCUGCCCCUGUUGGGGGAUGGGUUGAUGGUUUCCAAGACUGAGCAACUAGUUAAGAGAAAGAAGUUGCCAAGUCUCCAUUGGCCGAGCCAAAUCCUGUCCAGCCUCUUGUUGAACCUUGGCAAUAAGAUCAUACCCUUGGAGGAUUCUAUCCUGUGCUCAUUUAGGGUCCAUACCCACCAAGACCUAUUUUACUUUCCCCACAUGCUCAGGGUCAAUUUCUCUUGUAUUCUGUAAGGCACAACUGAAUUUGUUACCCCUAGCCCUUCUCCCUUUUCAUACCUCCUUUUUAUAUAUUGGUUUGUUAUUUUACAAUAAAACUUUGCU